AUUUUGGAUCCCAGGACUGCUAUGACAUUCCUAGAUCAUUCCCCUCGGAGAAAAGCUGCUCAUUUGACUUCAACGAAAGCUUCAACAGCUAUUUUAAAAACAAAGGAAUGAUGCCAGUGGGCAGCCAGUCCACAGAGGAGGUAGACCAGAACUAUGUACCUAUGAGUGCCAACUCCCCGUCACACCAUCACUCAGGCAGUUUAUCGGAGCCAAUGCACGAACCGAACUAUGUGCCCAUGACCCCAAGCACCAUGGAGUUUUCCUCCCUUGGAAAGCAGGUCCCCCCACCUGCCCACAUGGGCUUCCGCUCCAGUCCUAAGACCCCUCCUCGCAGACCAAUGCUCAGUGACUGUCAGCCCCCGCCUGUGGACCGAAAUCUCAAACCUGACCGCAAAGGUGAGAGCACA